AUGGCCGACGUCUGGAGCGGAGACAUCCUGCUCUCAGAUGGCGAGUCUAUCAGAGAUAUCGGCUUUUCCACCCCGCAUGAUACCUCUGCCCCAGCGAUAUCCGCGACGACUAUACGCUUCCUCUCGACUGUCGACACCGCGAAGAUACCCUUAUACCUCGCCGUAGGGCCCAGCUAUGACGUCUGGACGACUAGCGAAGCUUCAGAGGCAUGGUUUGAGUCAACGUUGCUCAGUCUGCCCACAACAGCUGCUUCAAACAAUGGCGUCCAAAAUUGGUGGACGCUGGCGAGAGCGCAGUCACCGAUUGGCGUCCUAGUCCAAGUGGAGAGCCAAGGAAUUGAGAUAUCGAAGCCCAAGGUAACGGAGAUCCUCAUCUAUGGAACGAUUGCUGCUGUACCAGGCGAAGGGCUCUUGCCUGAGCUACGCGUACAUGCACUCCCACUAUCGUCCGGUCUCUUGCAUGGCAAAAUAUACUCCUCGGGCCUCCCGCCUUCGCCAGUGCUGAGCACCGCCGACGAGACUGCUGAGAUCGAAGCUCAGUACCUGGCCCCAUUGUACGAAUAUCAACCCGCUCCAAAGUCACCUAAGCGCAAACGAGAUCUGUUUGAAGAGGCAACAUUGGCGAGGAGGAAGGCCAAAGGCAAAGGUGGAGUAGGUGUGGCAGCAGCAGCAGCUCGAGCAACUGAGUCGCAACGUCCGUACGCCCACCGCAAGUCCAUCUCAAUCGAACUGAAGGCAUCUCCCUUCCCAGAGUCUCGGCCUUCGUCUGCCCAUGGCGCUCUGCCUCGUCUGACGUCUCGUCAGCUAUCUCGAUCUCAUAGCAUUAAUUCUGAUAUUAGACCGCUCAGUCGGAGGGAUACAACAGACGGGCCUGAGAGACGCUCGCACCUGUCACGGGUAGAUACGAUCUCUUUACAGCCUGAAGAACCAACCACAGAAUCGAGGAACAAGGAAGCGCUCACAAAGGUCGUGAUGGCGGCGAUGCGCAUGCACGGAUUACAACAAAGAAAGAGGGUGAAGUCUCGUCGCGCCUCGACGGCUCCUGGUUUCGAGGAAAGUCAACCUGCAUUCGAGGAGCUGACCGCAGAGGAUGCUGCGAAAGACGAGGAGUACAAGCAAAUCUACCACCAAACGUACAAAGGUGCUGUGUUGGCUUUGAGACAACACAUGACGGAAAAACCGCUGCACGCUCAGCCAGACCGAAUGCGUGACCUCGUCGAGCAAUUUCUCGCCCUAUUCCUCAACGAUCCACUCGCACAACCAUUACGGUCUGACGAACCGACCAAUCCAGCAACGACACCCGGUCUCAGGCAAGCCGGCAUAUUCGGGUCGUCUCACCACGCCAGUCCCUUUGAUUUGCCCAGUGGUAUGAGGCGGCCACCCAUGGUGAGAGCUCAGACAGACGGUCAGGUCUACACUGGCUCCCCAAUCAGCAAGAGAAAGUCCAACGCCCACAAGCUCGACAAUGUGUGA